UAUAUAUAUAAAAAAAAUAUAAAAGCAUUAAGCAGUUUUAGCAGAGAAAAUUUUAUGGGGGUAUUACUUACUGCUAUCUGACUCAUUUGUGUCCUAUUUAAGGCUAAAAUUUUAACUUUUGCUGCAGGACUUGAAAGAUGUCAUGAGAAAGGCAGGGGAAGUCACCUAUGUGGAUGCACAUAGAAACAACAGGAAUGAAGGGGUUGUGGAAUUUGCAUCUUAUAGUGAUAUGAAGAGUGCACUGGAAAAAUUGGAUGGCACUGAGCUGAAUGGACGCAGAAUUAAACUGACUGAAGAUCACAGAAGGCAUAGAAGCAGAUCUCGAUCAAGGAGUUACUCAAGAUCUCGCAGCAGGUCCAGGUCUACAGGAUCUUCCAGAUCGGACAGCCGGUCCAGGUCCAGGUCAAGAUCAAGGUCCAGGUCCAGGUCUCGCUCUCGAUCCCGGUCCCGAUCUCGAUCCCGGUCUCGUUCUCGCAGUCGUACACCUAAAAAGAGUUACUCCCAGAAAAGCCACCGCUCCAGCUUGCUAGCUUCUUCCCCGUCUCCCUCCUCUUCUAAACGAAAAUCUCGUUCUAGGUCGAGCUCUGCUCAUAGCCGUAGUUAACCUGUUCUUAGAGAUGUAUUAAUGCAUUUAAUUUGAUUCAAGUUUCUUGAAGACUUGAGACAAAUUAUACAUGAGAACUGGGAGGGGAAGAGGUAACAUGAUGAAAGGGUAACCUCCUCUUACAUUGCCAAAGUGCCUGUCAUCAAAUAGGCCAUCUCUGUGAGGAGGGGCUGUCAGCUUUCUCCUUUCAGUGAAGUCUGGAGUGGGAAGUCUUUUUUAUUUUUUUUUCCCUGCUAUUAGUAAACAUUUCUAUCAUAGCUAUAUUAUGUACACAUAAUGCUGAGGUAAUGGGAUGAGACAAUACGCUGCUUUCUCCCUCUCUUGCCCCCCCACUUUCCCCUCCACCUCCAAGGCCUUUGACUUCCAAAAUACAAUGUUAGCUUUUGUCCUUGGUAUUAAGUCCGAGAACAGGAAGUAUAGAUUUUAUUCAUUUAAGGUUCUGUGGCUACUUUUCUGUGUGAGAAUGAAUGGACCAGCUGAAUUUAGUUUAGAGUUCACUUUUUUCCCUGUUGCUUGGCUUAACAGGCUGUUUAAGUUCCAGCUUUAAAUGGCCUUGAUAAUAUGCUUAAUUUGCAACAGACUUUCAGGAAUACACAUUGGUCAGUUGAAUAUUGCUCAUUUGGAUAGUGAAACAAUACAAUGUUAAGCAGUAAUGAAUGCUGGAAUUUCCUGUUAAAAUGAGACGUACCAUCCAGAUGUCAGGAUUAUUGGGAAUCCAUGGUAUAAUAAUUUUCCAGUAAUUCACUAGUAUGUGGUAUUGUAUGUAGAGGCCUUAUUUGACAGGUGACUCCAUAAAACUGCACAGAAGUGUCAAUAUGCAUGUCCAUGUUUUUGAUGUUUAUAAAAGUGACAUAGCUUUCAUACCCGAAAGUAUGAUACUGAAUAAUGUGUGUAUGACUAGCAAUAGUCUUGAUGGAAAGGAAGGUUAUUUUAGUAAUGACAGCAGCAAAAAAAUCCCAGGAAAAGUGUAGUCAGUUGUGACAGGAAAAGUUAAUCAUGUUAAAGUGUAAAGAGGAUAAUUUCUUUAAAUCUCCUGAAUGCGCUGUUGUUUUGAUUAAUAGAAAUUUCCACUGCAAAUACUGUUUGUUCUUACAAUUUGGAAUUAGAUUUUUUUUUUAACUUCUGUAUCAUUGAAGAAGGGAAACAUUUUUGGAAAAAUAUGUAAAUUAAUCCCAAAGUCUUACGUGUGUUUAAUGUACCAUUCCUAAUAAAAUAAAACCUUUUUCUGGCUUACUUU